AUGCGGCUGCUCCCGGAAUGGUUCUUCUUGCUCUUUGGCCCGUGGCUCCUUAGGAAGGCUGUCGGUGGCCAAAUAGCGGAGUCUGGAAGAUCACAGUACCUGGAGCUGCGCUCCGCCACGUCCGGAGGGGGCACCCCGGGCCAACAGCUCCCAGCGCCCCGCUCUCCCGAGGGCCUGGGCACGGCCCGAGCCUGGAGCUGGUCCUGGCCCGCUAACCACACGGGGGCGCUGGCCAAGGCCGGGAAGGCUGGGGAGCUGCCGGCGCAGCGCACCAAGAGAAAGCCGUCUAUCAAAGCGGCCCGCGCCAAAAAGAUCUUCGGCUGGGGGGACUUUUACUUUCGGGUGCAUACCCUCAAGUUCUCGCUGCUGGUGACCGGCAAGAUCGUGGAUCACGUGAACGGUACCUUCAGUGUGUAUUUCCGUCACAAUUCGUCCAGCCUGGGCAACCUCAGUGUCAGUAUCGUGCCGCCCUCCAAGCGGGUGGAGUUCGGGGGCGUGUGGCUGCCUGGGCCGGCCCCCCACCCUCUGCAGUCUACGCUGGCCCUGGAGGGAGUUCUCCCUGGGUUGGGACCCCCUUUGGGGAUGGCGGCAGCGGGGCCGGGGCUUGGGGGUACUCUUGGGGGCGCACUGGCAGGUUCGCUUGGGGGCGCACUGGGGGUACCCGGGGCCAAAGAAUCCCGCGCUUUCAAUUGCCACGUGGAGUAUGAGAAGACAAACCGAGCCCGCAAGCACCGUCCGUGCCUGUACGACCCGUCUCAGGUGUGCUUCACCGAGCACACGCAGAGCCAGGCCGCCUGGCUCUGCGCCAAACCCUUCAAAGUCAUCUGUAUCUUCGUCUCCUUCCUCAGCUUUGACUACAAACUGGUGCAGAAGGUGUGCCCAGACUAUAACUUCCAGAGUGAGCACCCCUAUUUUGGAUAGCACCCCUUGCCCAGGCCCUGAGCUUUCCCCACCACCUCC